AUUGUUCUGCAUGUGUGAUUGUGGGUGUGUGUCAAAAACUUUAUCAAAGUUCUGGACAAUACUCCGCAAUACUCCGCAUCUCUCUCUCUCUCUCUUUCUGAUCAUUUCAGAGCAAUUUGCGGAAUUACGAGAAAUGGCGGACCCCAAAUACGCUGAUUUACCCGGAAUUGCGUACGACCAGCUCGACGUUUACGAGACGAGCGAUUUGCCAGAGUCGGAGCAAAUGCGAAUGUACUGCGAGGAUGAACCUGAUACCUCUUGCGUGGAGAAACUGCAUAUCAGUGCCAAGGAAGCAUUCAACAAGUUUAAAGGAAAGCAGAUUCUUGGGAAGCCGGUCGAUUUCUCAGAUCGUCUAUCUAGCAAGCCAAGAACGGGAUACAAAUUCGGCGAUGACGGCGAUUGGGAACUUGUCGGCGAGGGCGAGAAAGAGACUCCUCUUCAGAAGUUCCAACGACUGCAAUGUGAAGUUAAGGAGUUGUACGAAGAAGUGAAUGAACUAAAGGAAAAAUCUAAGGACGAGGAAGAGAUCAAAUCCGCAAGCGAGAUUAUUUCUCAAGCACGGCAGAUAGAGAAGCAGUUGGUUUCUCUGAAACUGGAAGAAUGUCUAGGGCCUGACGUAGUUGCGAGUCUAUCAGAUCCACAAGGCACUAUACUUAGGCAAUUGAUAUCGCAAAUAGAGUUGUUUAAGCAAACCAGCGUCCCUCUGUCCAAGUCAUCGGAGAGUAAAAAGACAGGCGAAUCGGUCGAACCCGGUGUCCUUAAGUAUCAGAUGAUGUAUUUGCCAGAAAAGGCGAGGAUGCAGGAAGCUGCUAGGAUCGCGCAGCUCGAGCAAAGACUUUGCUGCCUGGAGAACAUCAUAGGAACAAGUAACGACAAGUUGUCGAAAUUCUCGCAGAAUCUCAAGUGUCAGGGCGUAAUGGAAGCUGUGCAACAACUGGAAGCAAAGGCUGCGUUGUUGGAUGUUAAUCAAUUGGACACCAUCGAAACGAGAUUAGGCACUUUGAUUUACCGGAUGGACAGCAUCGCGCAAAAAAAAGCAACGACGGAGCAAGAAUCGGAGCAGGAGCAGAAGAUCUCAGAAAUGUAUGAAAUAAUGAAGAAAACAGACGCUAUAUCACAAAUACUACCGCAGACAGUAGAAAGAUUAUUGGCAUUGAGUGACAUUCAUCAACAAGCCGCUGCCUUCAGUAAAUCUUUAAUAAAAUUAGAAGAACUGCAAGUAGAAAUCUCGUCGGGAUUAGAAAGUAACAAGUCUAUGCUGAAGGGGGUGCAGGAAAGUUUUGCCUCCAAUAUGGAGGUUAUAAAGGGCAACAUAGCAUUGCUCGACGAGCGUAUCAAAAAGCUCAACAAGUCAUUAAAAUAGAGGUAUUAAACAUAUUUAGCAUACCUAGAUUGAUUUAUGAAAAUCGCUUUACUCAGAGCAUUUAUACUCGUAUCAUGUUAAAAUUAUUUAUUUAAUGUGGUUUAUAAAUUCUAUAUUGCUUUAUAUCCCACACGAUUGUUUCAUUAUUCUUAAAUAUUCUGCUAGUAAGUAUAUUUGAUUUCUAUGAUAUAAUUGUUGAAA